AAGUGAGAGAGCGCGAGCUCUACCUACCGACAGUGAGGAGCGCCGCCGCCGCCGCCGCCCGCUCGCCGCCCGCCGCCGCCGCCCGCGCCCCAGCCCCGGGAGCUCUGCUGAGCCGGCCGAGCUCAGCACCGAGGCGUCCCCCAACCUGCCCAGCCCCCAGCCCACCAGCCCAGCCCAGUCCCGGGGAGCCAGCCGGCCUGGGGUUCGGUCCCGGGGGGAGGGGAGUUUCGGGGGUACCGGGCGGGGUACUCGUGAGCCAGAGGGGAGGGGCCCGCGGGUUUUCAUGUACCCAGCAUGAGCUCCUACUUCGUCAACCCCCUGUUCUCCAAAUACAAAGGCGGCGAGUCCCUGGAACCGGCCUAUUACGACUGCCGGUUCCCUCAGAGCGUGGGCAGGAGCCAUGCGCUGGUGUACGGGCCCGGCGGCUCGGCGCCCGGCUUCCAGCACGCUUCGCACCACGUCCAAGACUUCUUCCACCACGGCACCUCCGGCAUCUCCAACUCAGGCUACCAGCAGAACCCGUGUUCGCUUAGCUGCCACGGAGACGCCUCCAAAUUCUAUGGCUACGAGGCGCUCCCCAGACAGUCCCUUUAUGGGGCUCAGCAAGAGGCGAGCGUGGUGCAAUAUCCCGACUGUAAAUCCUCCGCCAACACUAACAGUAGCGAAGGACAAGGCCACUUAAAUCAAAACUCGUCUCCCAGCCUCAUGUUUCCAUGGAUGAGACCCCACGCUCCGGGGAGGCGCAGUGGACGGCAAACUUACAGCCGGUAUCAGACCUUGGAACUAGAAAAGGAGUUUCUCUUUAAUCCUUAUUUGACACGAAAGCGUCGGAUUGAAGUCUCUCAUGCCCUGGGACUGACCGAGAGACAAGUGAAGAUCUGGUUCCAGAACCGAAGGAUGAAGUGGAAAAAGGAGAACAACAAGGAUAAACUGCCGGGAGCCCGAGAUGAGGAGAAGGUGGAGGAAGAAGGAAAUGAGGAAGAGGAGAAAGAAGAGGAGGAAAAGGAAGAAAACAAGGACUAAGCAAAAAAGAAAGACCCCCCCCCCUUUAGCAACUCCCUUGAAGUUUCGUUUUAUGGUAGCAGAUAAAUUGAGAAGUUUACGACUGUCAUUUGCUUUUAUAGAGAAUAGAAUGACACUCACAACUCUAACUACCUGUCAGAUACUUGCAGCUCUGGUUUUAUUACCUUUGGACUUCCCCCGCUCUUUAUUUGUUUGGGGGCUGGAGGGGGGAGACCGAGACACAGUGGAAAGUUCGGACUCUCUGUCUCACUCCUUGCCCCACACACACUUGUCCCUGCCCCCACCGCUCUGGGUCCUUCUGGAUUUUAAGAUCUGAGACCUGGCCUCCAUGCUCCUCGGUGUGUCUCUCGCCACACUCCCACCUCCCUGCUUCUCUGGUAUUUAUGUGAGAGGGGAGCCCCCUCGAAAUGCAGAAAAGGACUUGUGGUUUUGUUUUUAUGCUAAGGCUAGUGUACUAGAUGUACUUUUUCUAAAAAGGAAAGGACAGAAAAAAAUGAAGAAAGGAAAAGAAGGAAAGGAAGACAAAUGUAAAGAAAUAAGGAAAAAAGCAAGGAAUAUCCCCUUCCCCUACCCCUCCCCAGGGCUCCCUGCUUAGAAAAACCCCCUUGACUUUCUCUAGGAACCUGAUGGAAACCUGAAGGAGAUGUGGGUCUCUCCCCUCCCCCCAUUUCCAGAAGGGUAGAUAGGAGCCUGCAGUCACCUCUAAAAUCCUACCUAACCAUCCCAUGGUCACUCGGGCCCAUGCCUUCCUCUCCUUCGCUGUUUGAUUUCUAUUCUGUUGGGCCCGGCUUCCUCUGAGCUGCAUUAGUGUUAGUGCUCAGAAAUCACCAUAAUCAUGAAAAUGAUAAUAAUAAAUCUUUAACAUACUACCUAAAGGGAACCUGCAAUAAUCUUGAAAAAGAAAAAGAGAAAAAUUUUAAAAUCCUGCUAUAGGAGAAAAAAAGAGAAAAAAAUAAAAAUCAAAAAAAGAAAGAAAGAAACCUCCAGCGUAUUUUAUCACUACCUAUAGAAAGAAAUCCUGCUUUGAGAGUAUUCGUAAUGCGGUUUUGUUGUCGUUUGUUGCUGCUUAUUUCACUAAGAAAACCCAACAACUGAGACUGCCUAGCCCGCCGGUCCCGUGCGCUUUUAUUGUGCUUCUAACCCCAGUAGAGUAGAACUAAAUUGCACUGAAUGUAUAGUUAACUCUGUCUUGAAUUCUCUGUUUAUGCAAUGUGCUCGAAAGGAAAAAAAACGUUAAAAAUAUAUCUAUAAGAAUAAUUUUUUGUCAUUUGUCUUUAUGUCCAGCUAUGAAUGUAGAUUUUGUGUCCCGACAGCCCUGUUCCUGGUCCAAGUACUUUGUAUUGUAUACGUGAGUCAUAAUAAUAAAAAAAAGAAGAAAAAUAAUA